AUACUAAUACGAACUCAUCUUGAGACCAGCGAUCCAGCGGUCAGCGAGAAACUGAGAAACGGUACAUGUUGUAUGCGCAUGAAGGAACAGGUUGAACCGCAGUGGUAGAAGUGUGUUUUGCAAAUAUCUCCCCUAGUUUUUGUUUUUAUUUGGGUUAUUAUCAGUGUGGCAGAUUAUAAGUUGCUGCUAUAGUAAGCAACAGAAGCGGUGUCAUUUAGUAGUGGAUAUCAUUCGAAUUCUGUAAUUCGAAGACUUAUUCAUCCCACUGGAAUGUAAUGUUAAUCGAGAACUAUCGUGCCGGUACUACGAUUACGAAGAUAACAUUCCUUCAGUGGUGUUGUUUGCCUAUUGAGUUGUGGUGUUGGUGAAGAUGCUGUAGCAGUGGAGUUAAUCAUAAAUGCCGUGGGAAGCAAAGGAAGGAUUGUCCUUCAGUCAGUAUUAGUAGUUAGCAGGUACGCGUUGAAGUUGUAUGAUGUGCGAGGUGUCUUUCUACGGUAGACAGCUCUUACCCUACUUAGGUUGGUUGACAGUCCCAGAAUUUGAUGACACCGCAGCAAUACACACCAACUAGUCAAACAUCCCACUAGAAACAACUGCUGAGAAUUGCAAAAGAUUCUUUGCUGAAAAGUGAGACGUAGACAGUCUAAACAUCGAAGUUGGUUGCAAUCGCUUCAUCCGCGACAGCUCUUCAAACAGAACGAGUGUUUGGGCGUUUUGUUUUGUCCCACCGCGGACCUCUAAAUUGGCCUAAAUUAGAGUUUGAACCAACGACCGCAAGAAAUCUGUUGCUCAAAGUGACUUCUUGUUUUGUGUUUUUACAUUUCAAGAGGUCAACUAACGGCAAAGCAUAUUAAAGUGAAAGUAGCAGUGCAUCUAACCAGUACCUACCGAAGCAGGAUGGAGCAUAUGUAAGAACGAAGGACAUGACUAGGUCGUCAUAAAACCAGUAUUAGGAUCACCCCCAUUCUCGUCACGAUCUGAAACAGAGUGCCAGCUCAUACGAGCCUAGUUGGAAUUAAAUAACAGACGCAAAAGCACUCCAAGCCAAACCGUACACAUAGCCCCAUCCCGUAGAUAUGCGUCGCAAUCUACGAGUAUUACUGAAGUACGCCGUCGGCGGUGGCUUCGUUCUCCUAUUCCUAACGCUGCUGGUUCGCUCGUUCAACGUGAUGGACAAGCAGAACUCCGUUGACCACGCUGGGACGGCGGCCGAACGGCAAACUCAGCACAAGAAGCAAGGCUCGUUCUUCAAUGGUCCGCCGAAAAACGUCCACUCGAAGAAGAUCGACUGGCACGACUAUAGUCUGAUGGAGGCUGAAGAGAAGCGCGCCGGAAUAGGCGAACGCGGAAUCGCUGGGCAUCUGGAGAAAAAAGACGAAGAAAUGAAGGAUAAACUGUUCAAGAAAAAUGGAUUCAACGCCGUAUUGAGCGAUUUGAUUUCGCUGAAUCGAUCUCUGCCGGACAUUCGACAUAAGGGAUGCCGCAAAAAGAAAUACCUGAGUGAGUUGCCCACCGUAAGCGUGGUUGUUCCUUUCUACAAUGAACAUUGGAGCACACUGCUGCGGACGGCAUCCAGCGUUCUGCUGAGGUCGCCACCCGAGUUGAUAACGGAAAUCAUCCUGGUGGAUGACUGCAGCACCAAGGAGUUUCUGAAAGAUCAGCUUGAUCGAUAUGUAGAGGAAAAUAUGCCUAAGGUGAAGGUGGUUCAUUUGCCGGAGCGAUCAGGACUGAUCACGGCCCGUUUGGCAGGAGCUAAGGUUGCUACUGCUGAUGUGUUGAUCUUCCUCGAUUCGCACACGGAAGCAAAUACAAAUUGGCUGCCACCAUUGUUGGAGCCGAUCGCUGAGGACUACAAGACAUGUGUGUGUCCGUUUAUCGAUGUGAUAGAUUGGGAUACGUUCGAGUACCGUGCACAGGAUGAGGGUGCACGUGGAGCGUUUGAUUGGAAGUUCUUCUACAAAAGGUUGCCUCUGUUGCAGAAGGACUUGGAUAAUCCAACUGAACCGUUCGAGAGUCCGGUUAUGGCCGGAGGGUUGUUUGCCAUAAGCAGCAAGUUCUUCUGGGAGCUAGGUGGCUACGACGAAGGGCUGGAUAUUUGGGGAGGCGAGCAGUACGAGUUAAGUUUCAAAAUAUGGCAGUGCGGUGGACGGAUGUACGAUGCACCUUGUUCUCGCGUGGGACACAUCUACCGAGGGUAUGCACCUUUCGGAAAUCCUAGGAAAAAAGAUUUCUUGUCGAGAAAUUACAAGCGUGUUGCGGAAGUGUGGAUGGACGAGUACAAAGAAUAUUUAUACGUAAGGGAUCGUAAGAAGUACGAUAAUACAGACGUGGGAGAUAUUUCGAAACAAUUGGCUAUUCGCGAGAAAUUGCAGUGCAAACCAUUCAAGUGGUUUAUGGAGAAUGUAGCGUUUGAUUUGGUUGAAAAGUACCCUCCAAUAGAACCGCCAGAUUUUGCUAAUGGCGCCAUUCAAUCCGUUGCAAACUCAGCCCUUUGCAUCGACACAUUAAAUCACGGAGAAAAGCAAACUGUCGGUUUGUUCUCUUGUGCUGCCGAUAAGGUUCAGCCGCAAGCAAAUCAGUUCUUCCAACUGUCUUGGCAUCGAGAUCUGCGUAUUAAGUUCGGAGAACUUUGCUGGGACGUAUCCGAAAGCGUUCCAAAUGCGAAGAUACUUUUAUAUCAUUGCCACGGCGGUCAAGGAAAUCAAUUGUGGCGAUAUGACGUCGAUAGUCAGAUGAUAAAGCAAGGUAAAAAUAAUCGUUGUUUAGAUAUGGAUGCCGGUCGUCGGGAAGUGUUUGUUAAUCCGUGUAAUGAAGAUAACAAGAACCAAAAGUGGAAGUGGGGAUUUGUUAAUAUGACGGCAAUAAGCAAUUGGAAAUCCUACGGGGCGAAAUUGAUUGACUGAAGUAGUUCAAGCACGAUGAGAUAGAAAACAUCACACGAUUUUGUAUGCAUAUUUGCUGGCUCAAUACGACUUUUGUUGAAUUAUAUGUGAUAAAAACUAUUCGGAACUAAGCACUGCAAAGCUGAUGUUGUUCAUUAUGUUGAAUUGUAAAUUGUAGAAUUGUACAAUUUUUAAAAAUUUCAACAGUUUACUUGCCAUGUAAGUUAUUUCUACAGAUCCCGCAUAAUGAUAAUCAGAUCCCAACAUAUCUAGCCUGUAAGUUUAUUGUGUAAGUAAAAAAGUGAAAGCGACAAAUAGAUAAAUCAAAUUUCUAUGAUUUCCACCAUCGCCAGACAUUCCGAGAACAAUGAGUCAUAAUGUGUACAAGGAGAUUUCGGAAACGCCAAUACAAUACAGAGAAAGCAAUAAAGUAAAAUAAAGUAAAUAUUUUCAAACAAAAAACAA